GCUUUCAGAAUCAGACAGCUCCUUCCUCUCACACUUUCACACACACUCACACACACACUCUCCCUCUCCCUCUGAACCUGAACUCCUUUAAGGGACUCUGAAGGACUUUCCUCUUUUAACGGACUCUAAAAGGACCUUUGCGCCGAGCUGGAUUAUCUUUUGUUGGGACUUUAUUCCUGGGAUUUAAACAAGCAGCCUCUCGCGCUGGGGACGUGUCUUUCUAUCCUGGAUUUUGUGGAUUAUUUCACUGACUUCAACAUGACUCUGGAAGAGGUCAUCGGUUCCAACAGCACCGAGAAAAAGAUGGAGACGGUGAGUCAGGCCCUGGAGGAGCUGCUGGUCGCGGCUCAGCGGCAGGACUGCCUCACGGUGGGAGUCUACGAGUCCGCCAAACUCAUGAAUGUAGACCCGGACAGCGUCGUCCUGUGCGUCCUCGCCACCGAUGAGGAGGAUGAAGGCGACAUCGCGCUGCAGAUCCACUUCACGCUGCUGCAGGCCUUCUGCUGCGACAACGACAUCAACAUCCUGCGCGUGUCCGGCCUGCGGCGGCUCGCCCCGCUGCUCGGGGGGGAGCCGGACACCGGGGACAGCACCGGCACCGGUGGCACCGAGCCCCGGGACAUGCACUGCAUCCUGGUCACUAACCCUCCGGUGCAGCCGCUGCAGUCCCCGGCGCUGCAGAACAUCAGCAGCUUCUGCGAGGAGAGCCGCUGCCGGAACCAGUGGGUCCCCUGGCUGGAGAUGCAGGACCGCUGAGCCGAGCCGAACCAGACCGCUAUACGCAGCGGUGAGAAAGAGUGCAAACAGUCCAAACAAGCCGCGCUUCUGCUUCUGCUGAAGACCGAUAACGGGCGUUUGAGGUGGACAGAAGGGACCGAAACCAGGCCCUUACUGCUGCCUGAUUGGGGCGGUUGAUUUGGGGGCCGGGGGAGCGGCGUGAGACGCCGGUACCGGGACCGGGACCGAACGGGUUCUGCAGGCCGGCGGACAGCGCGGGGGGUGGGGAAGCAGAGAGACUUUGAAUGAACUGCAGGUGAUCUGCUCACCUGAGCGACGUCACAGGACGCGUGGAACCUGCAGAUGGUUUUCCAGUCUCCGGCGCUGAUCCAGAAGGACCCGUUCCUCUGAUUGGGGGUGGAGAUGUUUGAACAUUCUGAGUUUUAUUUAAAAUUUCAUGAAUUUGUUUUUCAAAAUCUGCAUCCGCAGAUAAACGUGUGUUGUGUUUUAGGGACAACAACAGUUACACACUGACGUGAACAGCGGGGUAUUUAAAGGAACAGAGUAUUUAAUAUAUGAACUGUGAAGCUGCCUGUUUAAUUUAAUGUGAUAAAUAAAUUAUUGAAGGAGAAA